AUGGACCCCUUCGCUCAACUGCCCUCGGAACUGAACCAACAGAUCCUCAUACAUAUCGACUUUACUACAGCAGAAAACCUCAUAUCCGCAUCGUCUCAUAUCCGCGCCGUCUUCAGAGCUCACCCCGCCGUUAUAAACAACCUCAUACUGGCAAACCCUAUUACUAGCUUCCCCGAGAUACGAAGACUGUGCUACGCCAUUAUUCAUACUCACAGUCGACAAGCACGCGAGGGCACGCCAAAUCUUGAUGUAUCAAUUGGCAUCAUCCACCUGGUUGCCGGAAUACAACGCCUUGCCUGUGCAUGUCUGUCGCUUAUGCAGCAGAGCUUCGACUCUACCCUCAGCGAGAUAUCAGCCGGCUCACUGAGCGGACCCGAACGAGCAGAAAAAGCGCGUAAGCCCUUUUCAUGGACCGAAGAAUACCGCACGUACUGGUCCCUCUUUCAUCUCCAAUACUAUUCGGCCCUUCGCAAAGCUGAGCCAACCGAAGCCUUAGACGCAUACAACGUCUGGAAUGAAAUAGGUAGCAAAAGAGCCGAACAGAUCUGGACGAUUGCCGCCAUCCUGUCAGACCUAGGUCUCACUCCAUCCUACUCAGAGGGAGCUGAGCCCUUACGCGCUGCCUGGGAUUUGCCCGAGGAAACAGCACUUCCUUUCUUCCACUCAUUCAAUUUGCCUCCUAGUAGUGAGCCCGUGUUUAUCUGGUCUCCGCCGCCUAUCCCCCCCGAAAAUGAAACACCAACAUCAAAAUGCUGGCAGCUUUCAUCGCAAUGUCGUUCACGGGUGCCACUUCACAUUGGAAGCUUCCAUCGUAGAAGUCGAUGGGCGUCUCAAAGGCGUUAUUCUGUAUUAGGCUUGAGUCUCUUCAGACCCUGGCGCCGCCUAGGAAUUGUUAUCUGGGACUCAUGGCGAAUGUGCACGGUUGGACUAUUUAAUUUCCAUUUUACAAAUCCUUGGCUUUACCCGCCUAAUCCCGACGGUAGCGUUCGGGAGGGGGAGCAUGUGGAGCCAGAUCUUACGGCGAGCUUGUUGGCGUUGGUCGGGGAGGAGUUCAGGGCUUGA